UUUAUUUUCUCGCCAUUAAGCACGCCGCAUACCGUCAACAUUUAUUUCGUAUCGAAAUAAAAUAAAAUGGUUGAUAUAACUUCGCUGCAUUCGAUGAACGUGAUAGGUCUGUUUAGAACGAUAUACCACAUUUUCGAAUAAUAAUUUCCAUUGACCUAAAUGCCUUCAUAAAAAUAGGGCGUUAUUGUCUCUCUGGAAUAUUUUUAGUGAAAUGAAUCUCGUUUCGUUUUUGUGCGUUCUUUUUAUGAUUUUUGAUUCAUCAGAGAUGGCAAAAGCAUUUCUUUGCUUCCAUUGUCAUCAGACAUCCAAGGAUUGCAAUAGUGGUAUCAAGAUGAAUCUCAAUGUAUCCAAUUGUACUACACACAAGUGUUUUGUUUUGAAGUAUGAGACUGAAAUGCCGGGCAUAAAAGUUUUAGCAACUUUCCGUGGUUGCUACCACUAUUCAGUCGAAGAAAUGAUGAAACAUGUAGUUACCGACCAACAUGCCGUCACAAAAAAAUAUUUUCACAUUUGUAAUCAUACAUUAUGCAACAAAGGAACUGAAACUUUUAGACUUAAAGACAGUAUUCAAAUUUUAUUUACAGUACAAAUGACAUACUUUUUAUAUAUUUUUGGAUACCUAGGAGGAAAUUAAACUAUUAUUUUGUAUUUUGUAACUAUAGUUGUUUAUCCAUUUCCAUCUAAAUCGUAGCUUUUAUAUGCGGUAUACAGUGCGAUUCAAUAAAGGCGUUAAAUACCUUCAGUUAUAGGUCUGCUGAUAUUAGGAGAGUAGUAGGGAUUGUUCAGUGAUAUUUACUGAAUUCAUUAUAUUAUAUCAAUGACAAUCAAAAGAAUCGAAAAAUCCUCUAAAAACUGAAUGCAAUGAAAUGAUAUUC